AUGGCAUUUCUAAUCUUCCCUUCAUGGCUAAGCAAAGCUAUGAAAUCUUUACGAUCAAGCUCAUGCACGAAAAAUUUUCACCCGAGAAUUUUAGGCCUUAAAGCUUCGCUAGCAGAAAUUUUUACGAUUAUCUUUCAGGCUUUGAUGGUUUCAGACUUGAACUUAAUUCAGGAAAUAAGAGCCCUCCUGUGCGCUUUUGCUAACUCGCAAUCAAGAAAUUUCUGA